CCGCCAUGUUGGAUGCCGCAGAUUCGCCAUAACCUCGCCGGCUCUUUUCUUAAAAAAAUAAAAAUAAAAAGCGAAGCAUCAGCGGGGCGCCCCGCCUUCUCGAUCGGCGCGGGAGGGGUCCCGGAAGAGACCGAGGCUUUUUUUUCCUCUGCGGUGGGGGCGUUGCCAUGGAGACGCGGGCGGCAGAGAACAUCUUCAUGUGCAAGUGCUGUAACCUUUUCUCACCAAGUCAGUCGGAGCUCCUCUCCCACGUCUCUGAGAAGCACACGGGAGAAGGGGUUAAUGCGGAUGAGAUCAUCAUUCCCCUCAGGCCUCUGAGCACUCCUGAACCCACGAACCCUCGCAGAAGCGGAGAUGAGUUUUCGGUCAUGAAGAGGAAGAGAGGCAGGCCGAAGGGGUCCACGAAGAAGCCAAGUGCCGAGGAGGAGCUGGCAGAGAGCGUCGCCAGUCCGCUCGAGGGCAGCCCGCCGGCCCCGGAAGAGGGGAGCAGCCCGGCUCCGGGCAGCUUGGAGUGCGGCCAGUGCCGUCGAAAGUUCUCCAACCCUCGCCAGCUGAGGAAGCACGUCUGCAUCAUCGUGCUGAACUGGGGUGAGGAGGAUGGGGAAGCAGGUGAUGAAUCUGACCUUGAACUGGAAAGAAAGUAUAAGGAAGAUGAUCGAGAAAAGACCCCAAGGAGGCCGCGGACACAAAGGACAGAGAAAGUCCAGAAGAUCUCCUCGGGAAAGGAGGCCGGGCAGGUUUCCGGAGCGAAGAAACCCAUCAUCAGUGUGGUUUUAACAGCACACGAAGCUAUUCCAGGUGCCACCAAGAUCAUUCCAGUGGAGGCCGGGCCCCCUGAGACGGGCGCUGCAAACCCGGAGGCCACCCCGGCCGACCCGGCGCCUCGCAGAGGGUACCAGGAGUACGCCAUUCAGCAGACGCCGUAUGAACAGCCCAUGAAAUCCAGCAGGCUCGGGCCCACCCAGCUCAAGAUCUUCACCUGCGAGUACUGCAACAAGGUGUUCAAGUUCAAGCACUCGCUGCAGGCGCACCUGAGGAUCCACACCAACGAGAAGCCAUACAAGUGCCCCCAGUGCAGCUAUGCCAGCGCCAUCAAGGCCAACCUGAACGUGCACCUGCGCAAGCACACGGGCGAGAAGUUCGCCUGCGACUACUGCGCCUUCACCUGCCUGAGCAAAGGGCACCUGAAGGUGCACGUGGAGCGCGUGCACAAGAAGGUCAAGCAGCACUGCCGCUUCUGCAAGAAGAAGUACUCGGACGUCAAGAACCUCAUCAAGCACGUCCGGCUGGCGCACGACCCGCAGGACAGGAAGGUGCAGGAGGCCCUGGAUGAGCUCUGCCUGCUCACCAGGGAGGGCAAGCGGCAGCUGCUCUACGACUGCCACAUCUGCGAGCGCAAGUUCAAGAACGAGCUGGACCGCGACCGCCACAUGCUGGUGCACGGGGACAAGUGGCCCUUCGCCUGCGAGCUGUGCGGCCACGGGGCUACCAAGUACCAGGCGCUGGAGCUUCACGUGCGGAAGCACCCGUUCGUGUACGUGUGCGCCGUCUGCCUCAAGAAGUUCGUCAGCUCCAUCAGGCUGCGUGCGCACAUCCGGGAGGCGCACGGGGCGGCGCAGGAGGCUGGGCUCUUCGCCAGCUCCAUCAACCAGAGCUUCUGCCUCCUGGAGCCUGGCGGGGACAUCCAGCAGGAAGCCCUGGGGGGGCAGCUGCAGCUGGCAGAGGAGGACUUCGCGUUCCAGGGCAUGAACGCGCCCAGGGGUGCCACCUGCCCUGCGGACGCUGGGCCUCCAGAGGAGGCCGGGAAGGAGCCUGAGGCCACUGUGCCCAGGUCCGCCCUGCCCGAGCGCUCUGCCACCCCCCAGGGUGACAGCGCCACCCUGCCCCCCUGUGUGCCGGAAGCUGCCACCCACGCCUCUGGCCUCCCUUCGCAGGCCGAGGUCUCUGAGGAGUUUUUACUGACAGGCGAUCCCUCCCCUGCUGAGGUGCGCACCGCUCCCAAGGAGACGUUGGACGCCCAGCGCAGAGCCUCCUUCCAGACUCAGGGCGAAGAAGCCCCUUCCCUGCCGUCCAAGGCCAGAGGUGCCGAAGUGAACCGGGACGCGCAGGGGGCCGAGAGCCCCCCGGAGGCAGGGCAGAGAGUGGCUGCCCUCCCUACUGACGGACCAGAUCCUAGUAGGUGUCUCAGGUCAAACCCAGGGGAGGCCUCCGACCUUCCUCCGGUAGCAGGUGGAGGGGCCGUGGCCCUGCCCCAGCCUGACUCCUGCCCGCCGGCCUCCGAACGCAUCAGUGCAUUCAUGAAGAUCCUGGAUGGUUUACAGAAGAGAAGGAUGAACACCGGUUUGUGCGAGAGGAUCCGGAAGGUGUACGGGGACCUGGAGUGCGAGUACUGUGGCAAACUCUUUUGGUACCAAGUGCACUUCGACAUGCACGUGCGCACCCACACCCGGGAGCACCUCUAUCACUGCUCCCAGUGCCAUUACUCCUCCAUCACCAAAAACUGCCUUAAACGCCACGUGAUUCAGAAACACAGUAACAUCUUGCUGAAGUGCCCCACUGACGGCUGCGACUACUCGACUCCGGAUAAAUACAAGCUGCAGGCGCAUCUUAAAGUUCACACGGAGUUGAAAGCACUGGAGGACAUAAUGCGCUUUGGGUCGUGGAGCAGCGCCGGUCUGCGCGCUAGACCUGAAGGCCGAGCCCCACUCUCUGCUGGCCCGGCCGCCCUCACCGGACCGUCGUCUGACAAAAGGAGUUAUUCCUGCCCUGUGUGUGAGAAGUCUUUUUCGGAAGAUCGAUUGAUAAAGUCGCACAUCAAGACCAACCAUCCUGAGGUCUCCAUGAGCACUAUCUCCGAGGUUCUGGGGAGGAGGGUUCAGCUGAAAGGGCUGAUUGGGAAGAGAGCCAUGAAGUGCCCGUAUUGUGAUUUCUAUUUCAUGAAGAACGGCUCUGACCUUCAGCGUCAUAUUUGGGCUCAUGAAGGUGUGAAACCCUUCAAAUGUUCUUUGUGCGAGUAUGCAACUCGCAGCAAGAGUAACCUCAAGGCUCACAUGAACCGUCACAGCACUGAGAAGACCCACCUGUGUGACAUGUGCGGCAAGAAAUUCAAAUCCAAAGGGACGUUGAAAAGUCACAAGCUCCUGCACACUGCUGACGGGAAGCAGUUCAAGUGCACGGUGUGUGACUACACGGCUGCCCAGAAGCCCCAGCUGCUGCGGCACAUGGAACAGCACGCCUCCUUCAAGCCCUUCCGCUGCGCCCAUUGCCAUUACUCCUGUAACAUAUCCGGCUCCCUGAAGCGGCACUACAACAGGAAGCACCCCAACGAGGAAUACGCCAACGUGGGCACCGGGGAGCUGGCGGCCGACGUGCUCCUCCAGCAAGGUGGUUUGAAGUGCCCUGUGUGCAGCUUUGUGUACGGCACCAAGUGGGAGUUCAACAGACACCUGAAGAACAAGCAUGGCCUGAAGUUGGUGGAAAACGAAGGAGAUCCCAAGUGGGAGCCAGCAACAGAAGCACCCGAGGAGCCCUCCACCCAGUAUGUGCACAUCACAGAAGCCGAGGAGGACGUCCAGGGCACGCAGGCGGCCGUGGCGGCGCUCCAGGAUCUGAGAUACACGUCCGAGAGCGGUGACCGGCUCGACCCCACGGCUGUGAACAUCCUCCAGCAGAUCAUCGAGCUGGGCGCCGAGGCCCAUGACGCCACUGCCGUGGCCUCGGUGGUGGCCAUGGCUCCAGGGACAGUGACUGUCGUGAAACAGGUGACGGACGAGGAGCCCAGCUCCAACCACACGGUCAUGAUCCAGGAGACCCUCCAGCAGGCCUCCGUGGAGCUGGCCCAGCAGCACCACCUGGUGGUGUCCUCCGACGACGUGGAGGGCAUCGAGACAGUGACUGUGUACACUCAGGGCGGGGAGGCCUCGGAGUUCAUCGUCUACGUGCAGGAGGCCGUGCAGCCCAUGGAGGAGCAGGCCGCGGGGCCACAGGCCCAGGAGCUCUAGCGGAUGCUGUGGGGCGGGCCCGCCAGGCUCUCUCCUCCACGGUCCCCACCCAGGCGGCCAGACGGGGCUGCCCUCGCCCUGCUUGGGGGGUGCAGGGCGACUGGCAUCACCAGCAACGCAGGACACUGCCCCCAACACAGAACACAUACACCCCUUACCCUGUCUCUUCUGCUUCCGGAAAGACUUUGCAUCGACUUUCCACACAGCCCACACCGCAUCGCCCCUUUGCUUCAGGAUUCACACAGGGACCCGGUCCCCGUCAGCAUCUGCCCUGAAUCACACCCCCAGCCCCUUAGCCCCCGGGCAGGUGCCCAGCCUUCCUCUGGGGCCGCUCUGCGGCCUGAUGAGAGGAAGCCGGCCAGCACGGAGAAAGUGACCUUACGGUUGGGAAUCACCGCCCCCACCCAGGGAAAGAGGGGAGGGGGUCCUGGCUUUAUCUACAAGGUCCUACUCCUCCAUACCCCCAAGUGUCAAGGGCACUUGUUACCGUGUGCGGGAGCCACAGUGAAGGGCCUCCUGUUCCCGUGACAGAUGGGGUCUUAGCUUACGUCUUGGAAUUUUCUUUUUAAAAAAAAAAAAAAAUGCACUUUUUCCUAUUCACCGCCCGUUCUAUGAGAUGUGGUGGGUAGAAUAAAAACGUUCUCGGCCUGAGGCCUCCAGUGUC